AUGCGAGCUGUCCCUGCAUGCUAUACAGCAAGGGAGGCUUGCUGUAUGGGGGAUAAUCUCCCAGACUUAGAAUAUGAGAGCUUUGUUCCUCGCCUCCUAUCCACCCCUCUGCUUUCUUGGGCCGUGCUUCAUGGGUUACUGCUUCCUGGUGUGAGUGUGGGACGGGGAGGAGUGGAUGGAGAGGAGGAGGGAGAAGGGGAGGAGAGGAGAGGAGGAUCGGGGAGGAGAGGCGGGGGUAGGGGUGGGAUGGAUGGGGCGGAGGGGUUGGGCGGUGUUGGGGCGGCGUUGCGUGGAUUUAUGUGUGGAAGGAGGAGUGGGAGCGGGAGGAAGGGGGAGGGUGGGGAUGGGGAGGAGGGUGGCGAAGGUGUGGGGUGGGGUGGGGUGCGGUGGCAAGGAGAGAAAUUGGUAGAGGAGUGGGUUGGCAGGAUGUGGGAUUAUUAUGAAAAAAGGGGGGAAGGAGGCAGGAGAAAUGGAGAAACAGGCUUGGAUGUUGUGUGUGGGUUGGGAGGGGCAGAGGGACGAGACAAGCGGAAAGGAAAAGAGGUGGUGGCGGAAGCAGGAAGGGGAGGAAGGAGAGAAGGGGUGUGUUGGCACGAGCAGCACAGGCACAGCACAAGGAGCAGACACAGCGGAUACAGGAGGAGCAGCAGUAGAAGCAGGAGAGUCGCACAUAUUGGGAACGUGGUAGGGAGGAUGAGUGGGAGGAGAGUGAGGGGCCUUUGCUUUGUGUGGCGGAGGUCCAUGGGAGAUAUGCUGGCAAGCGAGAGAGAGGAGGUGUGUGGGUUGCUGAAUGGGGCCGUGCAUGGAUGGAGAGGAGGAGAGAGAGAGGAGGGAGUGGGUAAGGGAGAGGAGGGAGAGGAGGAGGAGGGGGUGGGGAGUGGGGGGUGUGUGUGGUGUGGGAGGGAGGGAUGUGAUGGGCUGAUUGGGGCUGUUGGGGCUAAGGGUCCUGAGACACCGGCAAAGCAGAGGGAGGGAGGGAAUGCUGUGAAGGGAAGAGUGAACGAGGGAGAGAGAGUGAGUGGUUUGCAGGUGAGAGUUAAGGAGGAGCCGGUAGAGGAUGUGGUGAUGAGGGGGAGAGAGAGGGAGGUGGGGGAUUUGGGGCAGGUGGGGAGGGUGGGAACGGUGGGGAAGGUGGGGGAUGGAGGAAGGCAAACGAUUAAUGGAGCAAAGGCUGAGGAGAGAGAGGAGGGGGAGGUGAGGGAGGGCGAUAUGGAGGAGGAAGAGGAGGACGAUGAGGGGGAGAAGGGAAAGGAAGGAGAGGAGGGAGACGAAGAGGAGAGGAACGAGAGAGGGGAGAGGAAGGAGGAGGAGGAGGAGGAGGAGGAGGAGGAGGAGGAGGAGGAGGAGGAGGAGGAGGAGGAGAGGGAGAGAAGGAUGGCUGGGGCGAGUGUGGGGAAGGAUGAUGAGGAGGAGGAAGCUGAUAGUGAUAGUGAUAAUAGUGAUAGUGAUAAUAGUGAUAGUGACAAUAGUGAUGAUGGUGAUGAGGAUUACAAGGGUGAGGAUGACGACGAUUCUGAGAGUGAUAGUGAUGGGGAUGGGGAUGGGGAUGUGGUAGAGGUGAAGAAGGAGAGGGUGGAGAGUGGUGAGGGAAGUGUUGGGGAGGGAUUUGGUAGGGUGGGAGGUAGUGGGGUGGGAGGUGGUGGGGUGGGAGGUGGUGGGGUGGGAGGUGGUGGGGUGGGAGGUGGUGGGGUGGGAGGUGGUGGGGUGGGAGGUGGUGAAGUGAGAACAGAUGAGGGUGCCAGGACAGGAUCUGGAGUUGGAGGUGUAGGGGAAGCGAGAGUAGGAGUGGUAAGGGGGGAGGGAUGGAGAGGGUUAGGGGGAGGAGUGGGGGGAAGCGGAUGGAGAGUGGGAAGAGGGGAAGGGGACGGGAGAGGGACGGGGCUAGCCGAAGUGGGAAAGAAAGGCUUGGAUUCCGGGUUUGCUGAUCGGAGCGAGCAAAGGGGUGGGUUUGGUUUUGGGAAUGAGCACAGGGGCGGGUUUGAUGGUGAGAGCGAUAAAAAAAGUAAGUUCGAUGAGAGCACUGGAGAGGCAGUGGCGGAGUGGUUGAUAGGCACGAUGGGGAUGCAAGAGAGGAAAGCGAGGAAGAUUGUAGAGAGGACAAAGAAGGACGCGAGGCAGGGCGGGUGGGAGCUGGAGAGAUGGGUUGCUGAGGCAGUCGACUUUGCUGCUGCUGCUGAGGUGCAUGAGAGGAUGGUGGAGGAACAGGAGGAAGAGGAGGAGGAAGAGGAGGAGAGAGAGGGAGAGGAGCAGAAGCAGGAGGUGGAGGAGGAGGAGGAGGAUGGGGAGGGGGGAGGUGAUGGUGAGGAUGAAACAGGGAAGCUUAUGUGCCCGGGUUCUCACCCAUCUGCCCACCACCUCCACUGUCUCCCACGCCCCACCACACUCCCCAGCAGCCUGAGCAGCAGCAGUUUGCACUUUAGCUUCGGUGGUUCUGGUCUCACCCGUCCACCCACCACCUCUGCUGUCUCCCGCGCCCCACCACACUCCCCAGCACCCAGAGCUGGCACGUUUACACCCAGCGGUCGGGCAGGGCCCAGCAGGGUUGGAUGCGGUGAUGAGCAGUGGGGGAACAACACAGCCAGAGGCGGUGGUGAGGGGUGGGGAAGUGGGGUUGGAUGCGGUAGUGAGCGGUGGGGGAACAACACAGCCAGAGGUGGCAGUGACGGGUGGGGAAGUGGGGUUGGAUGCGGUGGUGAGCGGUUGGGGAACAACACAGCCAGAGGUGGCGGUAUGGGGGCGGUAGGGGCAGGGGGGUUUGGUAAGGGAGGGGUAGAACGACAGCUGGCACGGAUGCUGACUCAGCGUGACAGCGUGGCAGGGGGUGUGAAGGAGGAGGAGUGGGAGGGAGUAGGUUGGAAAGGAGUGGGGGGAGGGAAAGGGCUGGGAGGAGGGGGAGUGAGAGGCGGGAGAGGAGGGGGAGUGAAGGGUGGUGGGGAUGGUGGGUACAGAAAGGGAGUGGGGAAGUGUGAAGAGGAGGAGGGGAACUGGUGGGAUGAGGAGGAGGACGAGGAGGAAGAGGAGGAGGGAGGAGGGGAGUGGAAUGGUGGUAAUGGUGGUUUUGCUGGUGCUGCUGCUGCUGGUGCGGGUAAUGGCAAUUGGUGGGACGAGGGGCAGGAGGAGGAGGAGGAGUGGGAGGAGGGUGACGGGGACUAUGGGGUUGGUGCUGUGGGUGCUGCAGGUGCUACAUUUGGUGGUGCUGGUGGUGUGAGUGGGACAGCAGUGGGUCAGAAGCGCAGGGCGAGUGGUGGAAGGGGAAAUGCUUCCAAGGCAAGUGGUGUGGGUGGUGGUGGUGGUGUGAGUGGGACAGCCGCGGGUCAGAAGCGCAGGGCGAGUGCUGGAAGGGGAAAUGCUUCCAAGGCAAGUAAGCAAAACCCUCCGCCUGCUCCCUCCUUCGUGCACUCAUCUCGAGGCAUUCAAGUCAUCAACCCCUCUCAGCCUGCCACUGCUGGAACUCCCGAUAAAUAUGAUAAGCAAAACGCUCUGCCUGCUCCCUCCUUUGAGCACUCCUUCCGCAGCACUCGAGUGAUCAACCUCACUCAGCCCCACGCACCUGAAACCCCCAAUUACUGCAAUCCCUCCAACUUCCCGCUCAUGUGCGGGUUUGGUGGGAUUCCCGGAGUCGAGCCGUACAGGCGAAACGCUGCUGACGUCACUGACCCCAAGGGCGUGUUCAUAUACGUGGAGAACAUCAAGAGUGCAGAGUGGGGUCAGAUGUCGGGGAUGCUGUUCUCGCUCCCUGUGGAGUUUGUGGAUAGCGCCCACCUGGGGGUGUGCCGCAGGCAGAGAGGGUACCUUCACAAUCUACCCAUAAACGACCGGUGGCUGCCCGAUUGGGUUCUAAACCGCCCGAAAACGAUUUUCGAGGCAUUUCCCAACUCGCGGCAGGCAUGGCCAAGCUGGGACAAAAGGACGAAGCUCAACGUUAUCAACACCCAGGCGUUCGGAGUGGCUUCGAAGCUCCAGCAAUGGAACGUUGAGCUCCAGAUUCACGGAGCAGAGGGCCUCUCCCCGCAGAGACGCCAAGAGCUGCUUACAUACGUCAGGAAGUUCAACCUGCUGUGGAUUGAGAGGGACCGGCUUGCCCCUCUGGAGGUGGAUCAGUUGGAGGACCUGAUGGGGUACCCUGAAGGGCACGUCUCUACGGUUACCGCCAACAAAACCAGCCGAUAUAAGAUGCUCGGAAACACCUUCCACGUGCCCACCGUCGCGCUCCACCUCUCAGUGCUGCGCCGCCUCAACCGCCCCAUCCGGGUCCUCUCGCUCUUCUCAGGCAUCGGCGGCGCCCUAGUGGCACUCCACAUGGUGCAAGUGCCUGUGAUCCGUGCCGUGAGCAUCGAGGCUGAUAGCAGCUGCCGGGAAGCAGAGGCGCGGUGGUGGAAAAACGCUGCAGCGGCGAGGGGCGGGAGCAGGCUGGUGGGGAAGCUGUCUCAGCUGUACCACGAUGUGACAAAGCUGAACAGGAGGGUUGUUGAGGGAUUGGUGGAUAAAUACGGGCCGUUCGAUCUGAUAAUCGGCGGUAGUCCUUGUAACAACUUCACAGGGAACAACCGUCAGCCUGCGGACAGCCCGGCUGGCCGGGGCGGGCUUCAUGGUAGGGACUCGUCGCUGUUUUUCAUAAUGCAAAAUGUGAUUCAGACUGUUGAAAUGAUUCAGGAGAGGCGGGGUUUCAGGGUUCCUCUUGCACUGUAG